AUGGCAUCCGCAUCUCUGAAGGGCACCCGUAAGACAUACAGCUUCGAGGAACGGAAAAUCUUGAUAUCGCUGAUAAGCAAAUACGAGUUCGUCCAGAAUAGGAAGUCAGAUCCGAUCUCCAUAUGCAAACGAAAGUCGGCGUGGUCGCGAAUCACCGAGGAGUACAAUUUGAUAGUAGGGUCCCGGGGCGCGCGUUCGACCGUACAGCUCAGACGUUGCUGGGAGAAUAUGAAGGCCUGCAAGCGUAAUCGUGAGGAAAAGAAAUUUCGUGAAAAUAUGAAAGCGAUUUGUCAAUCGACAAAAGACGAAAGGGCGAGAAAUCAAUGUUGGGAAGGUAUAACUUGUGGUCAGAAUGUCCCAGAUGUACCAAUGCCUGCCGGAACCGUUGGUUUACCACCAAAUGUAGUAUUCGAGCCGAAGGAUUCAGAGCCAUUCACAUUGCAAAGUGUUUCAUGCACUGCUGGACCUCAAAAUUCAAAUUGUUUGAAGAAAGAUGUGGAUAGUCGCGAAAAUUCAAAUCAUAAUUGCGGUACUAUUGCAUUCCUCGAUUCGAUGAAUGAUUAUUACGAGAAAUUCGUAAGGAGAAACGCGGAUUCUCCUACGAUUGAUCAGUCAAUGGGCAAUGGUUUUGAAAAAAUCGCGCACCAAGAGAAUCACGUAAAUCCGGGACCGAGUGCUUUAUACAAUUUGAUCUCACCUCGCGUUGUGCAGGAGCAUAAUCGCAAGAAGAAAUCAGCGCAACGGGAGGAAGAGCUGCACAUGCUUGCACUUUCGGAAGCGCAGAUGAAAGUGGACAUCGCUGCCAUGUUAAAGGAGGAGGCGAGGCUCAAAUUAGAGGAGGCUCAUUAUCGCAAGGAGGAAGCCAGGCUCAAAAUGUUGCUUUUCACUUACAAACUAGACAGGAUUAAAGACGAAUGAAGGAAGACGGAUAAAUUUUGUUGGACAUGGCAUGGACGCGUUGUAUCUAUUAUUUUUCUUUAUUUUUGUUGUCGUUGCACCGACGCAUCGAUGCCGGUGCUCGUAAGCAAAAUAAGUCAGUUACAUAACAUAAAAUAUAAACAUAAUUGUGUGUAUGUAAUACCAAUUUACUUCUCAUAAAUGCACAAUUAGAAUGUCAAAAUAAAUGCAAGUUUUCUGAUGAUGUUACCAGCUAAUAAUUAUUACAUUAUGUGAUAUUAUUCAG